GAGAGAGAUAAUAGACCAACUGAACAAGUUAUACGUGAAUCAUUGCAAAUGAGAUUAGAAGAAGCCUAUCCUAAUGUUUUAUCCAUGGAUGAUCUUGUUCGUAUUUUAGAAUGUGAUAAUCGUAAUUUAUUACAAGUUCAGCUGGAUGAGUUAGCUAAUCGAGAUCUCAUACAACUAGUACCAUUGGAAGGCAAGCAUGUGGGUCAAUUCGGUUUUCGAAGAAAAAUCCAUUUACAAAAUAAUGUUGUCAGAGAGAUGAAAGGAGCGAAUCAUAUGCAACAAGUAUCCACAUCUGAAAAGCCUACAAUUGCAAUUAUCACCAAUUUAUUGUGUGAAAAGUUAGCUGUUGAUGCAAUGAUGGAACAGAAAACAACAUUUGUUCGUUACAAAUCUGAAGGUGAAUCACAUGUUUAUACUAUCGGAAACAUAGGACCACAUAAGGUCAUUUCUACAAAGUUACCCAUGGUUGGACGUGAACUUCAGGCGAAAAUUUCUUCUGGAAGUAUUACAACUCGAUUACUUGGUGCAUUUCAAGCAGUGCAACAUGUAUUCCUAGUAGGAGUUGGGGGUAGCGUGCCUCACGUGUAUGAAUUUGAAAAACAUUCUCGCCUAGGUGAUAUUGUAGUGAGUGCUGUAGCACGUUCAAGUGGAUUAGCUUCAUUAUCUGUGAACAAUCAUACAAAUCAUUCUGUAUCAAAUGGUGUAGGAGACUCUAUCUACAUUUACUGUGAUCGACUGAUCGAGCCUCCAGAAGAUGAAGUUGAUAUUAAAACACCAAGAUUUGUCUUACGAAAAUACGCAGCUCGAGAUCCAACUUUAGUGAACUGUGUGGAGAAAGUUCUUGAUCGUUUCGAAGCGGCUCCUGAAAAACGUGAAUGGAACCAGAUUUUAAAGUCUGCUCUAACUGUAUUAGGAGGUGAGGAUGACCCGAUUGAUUUCGCACGACCGUCACCAGAUACAGACAAACUAAAACUUAAAAUCAACGAAGGUGUAACAAUCGAUAUCAAACAUCCAGAUGUACCAGAAGAACUAGCGCGCUUCUAUCCACCAGGCGUACCAGCUGUACGCCUUGGUUGUAUGGGAUCUGGUAGACCGAUUACAGAUAACGAUGCAUUGAUGAAUGACUUUGCCAAAGAACACCACUUACUGUGCUAUGAUGCUGAAUACGAUCAAGUUUUGGAGUCCGUCAUGGGAAAUGGCCUUGAUUCGUUUAUUCUCAUUCGUGGAAUAGCUGACUAUGUUGAAGGUAGACAAGGUACACAGUGGCAACCUUAUGCAGCACUUGCAGCAGCAUCUUUUAUGAAGUCUAUAAUCCUGCAACUGCCACCGAUACCAAUUAACGAAGGUUGA